AAAAAAUCCUGAACAAGUUUUGCCUUUUCCACUUCUCCCCUCCUUCCUGAACACGCUUAUUUUCUCUUUUUUUAGGAGCAGACGAAAAAAGCCCUAAUCUCAAUAGAGAAGAACACCGAUGUCGGAAGAAGAACAAAUUGGGGUCGCAGAUGACGUUAACUCCUUCGAACAGAGCUCGGUUCAAGCUUUGGAUGGUGAAGCCCUAAUCUCUUCUCUCUUGAAGACAAGAACGAUGAUGACAGAAGAAGAAGAAAUUAAUGUUGCUGUUGAAAUUGAACCCGUCGAACAGAGUUACCUUCAUCUUCCAGACUUGAUGAAAGAAUUUGAAUUUGAAGAUUUUAUGAAUCUGAGUUCAAGCAAUGAUAAGAAAGCUCAUGAAAUUGAUGAAGGGGAUAAUGGGUCAAUAGAUGAGGUUGAGGUUAUUGUACCACAGUGUGGAAUGAUUUUUGAUACUGCUGAUGAGGCUUACAAUUUUUACAAUGGAUAUGCGAGAAAAAUCGUUUUUAGUGUUAGGAAGCAGAGGACAAACAAAAGUAAGGCUGAUCAAAAUAAAAUUUUGCGACAAGAACUUGUUUGUUCAUGUGAAGGGAGAUACAAAAAAAUCAACACUCCUAGGAAAAGAAGAGAAAAUCGACGAUUUGAUUGCAAGGCAUUGCUUGAGUUUAAACUGAUUGGGGAGAAGUAUCAUGAAAUCCAGUUCAUGUCUAAUUAUACCCAUGGUCUUGUACCACCUCAGUUUGCCCAUUAUUUGAGAUCUCAAAGGAGAAUCGAGUUUUCCCAAGUUGGACUUAUUGACAAAAUGCACUCGUCAGGGUUCAAGCAAUCAAAUAUUUACUCUUACAUGAGUACAGAAGCUAAAGGUCCUCAAUAUCUUAACUUCAUACCCUCUGAUUGUUAUAAUUUGAUACAAAAUAAACGGGCUGGGUUUCUCAAAAAGGGCGAUUCACAAUGUCUUCUAGAGUACUUCAAGCAAAAAACUCGGGAGAAUAAGCAUUUCUUCUACUCUUUUUUGCACUACUGA